AUUUGUUUUUAAGCCGUAUUCUCUCUUGGAAUACUAUACGUUUCCGUUUCCAUGCCUAUAAUAACACCCUGUCAUCUACCACCAUGCUACUCUACAGGAGUUACUCUUCUCUAUAUAUAUAUCUGCAUGCUCUUCUUCGUUUCCCAGACAAUAUCAACCAGGAAGACACUUUCUCAAUUCAUUUACUGGGGCAAACCUCCUCUGUUUUAAAAGAGCGAUGGCAGAACAGCGAGCUAAUGGUCUUACGGACGGUGUGGUACAGUUUCACAAUGUUGGAUCAAAGGAUGGAUGUGAAGCUCCCCAUAAGUGGUCAUCCCCUGGAGGAGGAAAGAAAAUGGACGUGAGAAACCAGAUCUUCUGCAAUAGAUCUUUGAACAUGAAGAAUAUUAUUGCCGUUGGCUUUGAUAUGGAUUACACUCUUGCCCAAUACAAGUCUGAAACUUUCGAGUCCCUUGCUUAUGAAGGCACUGUAAGGAAAUUGGUAUAUGAUUUGGGGUAUCCAAGCGAGCUGCUGGAAUGGACUUUUGACUGGAACUAUAUGGUUAGGGGAUUAGUGCUGGACAAGAAGAAGGGAAAUAUCCUGAAGAUGGAUCGCCAUAAGUAUGUGAAGGUGGCUUACCAUGGGUUUAAGGAGCUCUCUAAGGAAGAGAAAGUUGAUAACUACGGAACUAGCCUUGUACGAGACUCUUUUGAUGAGCCUGACUACGCUCUCAUAGACACCCUCUUUUCUUUGGCUGAAGCCUAUCUCUUUGCGCAACUCGUUGACUUCAAAGAUAACAACCCCGAUAAAUUUUCCAAGGACGUUGAUUAUGGUCGUAUGUACAAAGAUGUCCGGUCUGCUGUUGAUAUGUGCCACCGUGACGGAACUUUGAAGCAGAUGGUGGCAAAGGAACCUAAUAAGUAUAUCAACGAGGAUGCUACCAUUGUACCUCUGAUAAAAAUGAUAAGAGAUUCCGGACGCUCUACCUUUUUGGUGACCAAUAGUUUGUGGGACUACACAAAUAUUGUGAUGAACUUUCUAUGCGAAGGCCGCACUGUAAAUGGUCCUCAUGCUUGCAACUUUGAUUGGCUCCAGUACUUUGAUGUUGUGAUCACUGGCAGUGCAAAACCUGGUUUCUUCCACGAGGAGAGUCGUGCCAACCUUUUUGAGGUGGAACUUGAGUCCGGGAUGCUUAUUAAUACUGACAAUGGAACACCUAUGGCUCAGGUGGGAGAUCCUUCACCAAAAAUUUCACUGAAGAAGAGUAAAGACAAAGCGUGUCGAGUCUUCCAAGGUGGUAAUGUUGGUCACCUUCACACUUUGCUCUCCAUCGAGUCAAGCUCUCAGGUUCUUUACGUUGGUGAUCACAUAUACGGUGAUAUCUUGCGCAGCAAAAAAGUUCUUGGCUGGAGAACAAUGCUUGUUGUUCCGGAACUUGAAAAGGAGGUUGAACUUCUAUGGGAACUGAGGUACACCCGUAAGAAACUAAUUUUGAUGAGGAAAGAGCGUGAUUCAGUCGAAGACAAGAUCCAUCAUCUGAACUGGUCGCUCAAGUUUGAGGAUCUUAAAGGGAAUGAUAAGCAGGAAAUGCUAUCAGCAGUCAAGGACUUGGUGAUUAAAAGAGAUGAAGUACGACUCAGUCUUCAAGAAGCUCAAAGGAAAAGCCACAAAAAGUUUCACAAUGUGUGGGGGCAGUUAAUGAAAACUGGUUACCAAAGUUCUAGAUUCGCUCACCAGGUGGAGAGAUUCGCAUGCCUAUACACUAGCCAAGUGUCUAACUUGCGCUUGUACUCACCUGAUAAGUACUACAGGCCAAGUGAAGACCUAAUGUCCCAUGACUUCCACCACCUUCCCCAAUUUGAUUGAUCCGACGAGUGAGAUAGCUAAAGAAAGACCAAGCUCUGAAGGCAGAGAGUGUAUUAUCAGAAGUAACUGUUUGGUUUUGUUGGGUGCUUAUUCUUGUUGUCCGCAAGCUUCCUUUUAUCUUUUUUUUUUUCCUCAUUGCAUUUUCAGUUUCACUUUGGUACGAACUAUAAGUUUGGGAAUCUUUUUAGAACGUUUUCUUUUUUACCUUGCGGCAAGUUAGUGUUUACAAAACUCAUUGAUCUAUUUAUCUUAUUAUUUUUUUAAAAAGGUUCACUACUGUUCCU